GUUCAUCUACCUCAGCCUUCACAUAUUCUUACAAACUUACGUACAGACAAUGGCCAUCCGACAGAUGCUGAGAAGAUCCUUAUCCGGCGAGAGAAGAUCAGCAUCCGAAGUUCCAAAGGGACACUUAGCUGUUUAUGCCGGCAAGAAUGAAAGGAAGCGAUUUGUUAUUCCGGUGUCAUACUUGAACCAUCCUUCGUUCCAAGAAUUGUUGCUUCAAGCCGAAGAGGAGUUCGGGUUCUAUCAUCCGAUGGGUGGCCUCACCAUUCCGUGCAGCGCGGAUUUAUUCAUCGAUCUUAUGUCCCAAAUGAGCUUAGCAUAAUGUAUAUAUGGACACUAUAGACACACACACACACAGACACUUAAACAUAGAUUGCUUAGAUUUGGUUCUUCUUAAUUUGUCCUGGCUUCUAUCCUUUCUUACACUAAGGAUUUUUUGCCUGGAAAAGAGCUGAAACCCUUGUAAGACAUUGCAGAUACAAGAAAUACAUUGCAAAGUAAAAAUUAAUUGCCCAAAACUGUGA